AUGAGAAAGGUGAGACCAUACUUUGGUUUCCGUAGCGUUUCUUCAGAGGUAACGUCUCGAAUCAUUGCAUCCGAAACUCCUUUAACUACUAUAACAAUGAGUAAUACCCUCGAAACCAAUACCAGAUUUGCGUUUUUGCAGAAACAAAUCAGUCGCAAAUUGGAAGCUAGAACUUUGAUGCUAAAAAGCAGGAUUUCAUUGCAACAAUUCAACCACAUAACAACUUCAGACGUCCCAUUUCCACUAAGCCUUACACGCAACAUUCAAGCUCUUGAUACGUUGGUGGAUAUAGAAGAUUUUCGAGACUUGGCAUCGCCAGAGAUUCAUGGUGUCUUGAUCUGGCCGGAAAACUUUGAGACAUUGAUCAACAACACAUUCAUCCCCACUCUAGAGCAACAAAAGAACCCACGCGUAGAUAUACCUGAUGAUUAUAUCAAUUUGAUAUAA